AUGGCGACCACGGAAGUAGAGCGUAGUCGAGGUCAGCUUGCUGCUAUGUCCAUCGCAGCAGUGGUCAUCAUCGUGGGAGUCCCUCUGUGGUGGCGAACGACUGAGACGUACCGCGCGUGGUUGCCUGUCACUCAGAUAACAGAAUUGGCAAAGCUACAGCUCCAGUUGAGUGCGGAUGUGGAGGUGGUGUUUGCCCGUGGCACCGUGACACCAGAGCAGCAGAAGAAGUUCCCGCUGAUGCAGACACAGGAUGAGGAACACGAAGUAGAUGAAAAUACAGCUUUGAGGUACAGAUAUGAGACAAAGUACCGCACAGCAACAAUCAUGGAGGAGGAUGCCCUGAACCAGCCCACUGCUGCAGACGCAGAUCUGUCUCUGCACACACUCAGUGAGAGUCCAUGUGGUGCCUUGGUUGUGUAUGUGGUCCCAGAGUCGUCUUCACUGCUGCCUCAGGAUGUUGAUGUGUAUAUCGGUCAGAGACGGACAGCAUUGCUCCGUCUUGGUGCUCAGAUGAGAGUGGGCCGGACUCUCGAGCAACUGCUGGCUCACAUGGAGCCUCGUAUCAAGCAAGUCCUGAAGGUGAUGUCUUUUAGUCACACUGACAUUACUGCUGCUCUCAGCGACAGAAUCCGCCUCAGCCCUGGUAACAAGGAGACCAUCGCUGAUAGCAUGAGAGCCUUUAAAUCCAGCCCAGGUUAUGAGAUAACAUUCAGUCUAUUGAAUCCAGACCCAAAGUCCCAUCGGCUUCACUGGGACAUAGAAGGUGCCGUGCGGACCUACAUCCAACCCCUGCUCACAAAACUGUCGCCUGUAGCCAACUUUAGCAUCGACUCUCAGACCUUAUACUAUGCCAUGCUUGGAGUCAACCCUCGCUUUGACAGUAGCCGCAGCUCUUACACACUGAACGCUGACAGUCUCGCUCAUGUCAUCAACCCUGUGGAAGCUCGACUCGGCUCUAAUGCUGCGUCUUCCAACCCGGUGUUGAAUUUCCUGCUGUACGUCCCGGAUGCUCUCCAUUCACCUCUUUACAUCCUGGACCACAAGAAAGAAGAAGUGUCUUCCAACGCGUUUCACUCUCCUCGUUGGGGUGGAAUCAUGGUUUAUAAUGUUCAUGAUUUAUAUGGACCACAGUCUGCGUUCCCUGCUGACAUUAACAUCAAUAUGGCCAAAGUUAUGGGAGUCUUCCUGGCUCAGCUACGACGCAGGGUAACUCUGUGGUGGCUGUCUCCUGUCAGACUGUUGCUCGGUGUUCAGGCGUCCUCGCCUCCUCCAGGCUUCCUGAUGGCACCGUGUGGCAGCACAGGGCUGGCAGACUGGGAGCUGGAUCGCCUCAUGUGGAGUCGAAGUGUAGAAAAUGUUGCAACAGCAACCACCACCAUCACCUCACUGGCACAGCUGCUUGACCAGAUUGGCAACAUUGUUAUAAAUGACAACAUAGCCGAACAGGUGUCCAGUGCUGUCACGUCUUUGCAGUUGGCUGUGGCCGAGUUAGAGGCCGGGAACCUGGGCUUCGCUCUGCAGUACAGCAAAGAGGCCAUCUUGGCCUCAGAGAGAGCCUUCUUUGACCCCUCUCUCCUCCACCUCCUCUACUUCCCCGAUGACCAGAAGUUUGCCAUCUACAUACCACUCUUCCUGCCCAUGUGUGUGCCUAUUCUGCUGUCGGUGCUCAAGAUGGUGUCUGAAGCCAGACAGAGACGCAGAGACAAACAAGCCAAGAAGGACUGA